GUAUUAAAUCCUCUCUGCUGCUCCGUCUGAACGGGGGGGUUGGGGGCGCGCGGGAUGUAAUUGGCGCCAGCAGCGGCACACCUGUCCUGCACGCGGACUGAUGGACAAAGUUCUCCGGGCUUCGCUGUGACUCCGAAGUUCUGGGUCGGUUCGGAGGGGGGGUGUGGAGGCGGUUCCGGUGGAGGCCGGACCCCCUCCGCGCGGACGGACGGUGGACAUCCGGUGGCGGUGCCAGCUGCGCCCCGGUUUCAUUGUUGUCUGCGCGGGAGCGCGCGGGAGCAGCUCCUCCGUCUGGGCUGGAGAUCCGCGCGGCGCCGCCGUUCCGGGGGAGAGCGGGGGCUGGACCGCGCUUGUUGAAGGCUGCAGAACUGCGACAUGUGAGGAAGAGCUGCGCUGCUGCCUCCUCGUCUCUGCACCUUACGUAAGAAGGCUCCUCCCCCUGCCGGCGCCGCCUCGUCUCGGGUGAACUCCUCACCUCAGCACAGCGCUCUCAUGUGAUCUCUGCCGCCGUCGGGACACCCCCUGCCUCGGGCAUGCCUCAGGUAACGCCUCUGCAGGUCUCUCAGCUGUGGGGGGUGAUUGAUGCGUUCCUCUUCCAGCCGGGCACCAGCGGGAUGGAGCCUGCGUUCGGCGAGGCCUUCGGGGGGCCGCCGGCGCCGCAGGAGGGCAGGAGCGAGUACGACCAGACGGUGCUCCUCAUGCUGGGCUCCCCCGCCUCGCCCAGGAAACGGCCCUUCGAGCUGCUGAGCGACCUGGUGGACGACGGGGGCUUCGGGGAGGACCAGCACCCGGAGCGCUGGGACGUUUCCGCGCUGGACGAAAUGACGCGCUACACCAAGCUGGGCCUGGGGGCGGUGGGGGGGCUGCUGGCCUGCUCCGAGGAGGGGGUCCUCAUGGGGUGCUGGGGGAGGAGUCCGGAGGAGCAGGAGGAGGACAGGAGGAAGAAGAGCAGACACACGGCGCCUCCAGUCCAGUCAGCCGCUGAGUGGAAGGAGGAGCGGCACACAGCCGCCCCGGGGGGGCCGAGCGCCGCUGGGGGAGGACAGGAUGGCGGGAUGUUAAGGGAGCGCACGGUGGAGGUGUAUCAGGUGGUGCAGGAGGAGGAGAAGGCAACGACGGGGUUGGUGCUGGAGCUCUGCAGCGAGGAGCACAACUACUCCCUCAGUCAGGGGGGGCAGCUGGUGGGGGGGCCGGAGGAGGCGCAGAGGGAAGAGGAGGAGGACCAGGAGGUGCGGGGCGGCGAGGAAAGCCCGACGACUGUAGAGCUGGAGGAGGACGGAGAGGACGAGGAGGGAGCCGAGGAGACCACAGCCGACUUCUCCAGCUCCUCAGAGUCGGAAUGUGAGGUGGAAGCUGAGCCGGCCGCUCCGCCAGGCCCACGCCCAUCCAAGCGCCGCUGCUUCUGGGAGUACCGACGCGCCCGGGAGUCGGCCUCAAAGAAGAAGGUGGGCGGCGACGUCCGCUGGUCUCUGUCCUGGAGCGCCAGCACUCUGCCCAGUACUCUGUACCGCCGGGAAGGGAAAAAAGGGCGACGCAAAGCCCGCAAAACCGACGCCAGCGACCUGACGCCCAACCCCCAGAAGCUUCACAACAUCGGCGAGCAGCUGCAGAAGCUCAACGCCGCCAUCGACGGCAUGGGCCCGGUCAACGAGCUGCCCGCCGUGGCCCGGGCCCGCUCCCGCAAGGAGAAGAACAAGCUGGCCUCCAGGGCCUGCCGGCUGAAGAAGAAGGCCCAGCAUGAAGCUAACAAGAUCAAGCUGUGGGGGCUGAACCAGGAGUACGAGAACCUGCUAGCAUCUCUGCUGCGCAUCAAGGAGGUGAUCCGGAGGCGGGUGGAGAGCAGCGAGGAGGACGACCCGGAUGAGCGCGGGAUGACCCAGCGCCUGGAGGACAUCCUGAAGGAGUCCAGCGGUCCGUUAGUCGCCGGGCGGACCAAAGACUUCGUGCAGAGAAUCCUGGCGGCCAGCGGUCAGAGCCAGCUGGGGGGUCCACGGCAGGGGGGGGAGGAGGCAGUGGGGUAGGAGCUCUCCUGCCCUCUGCUUGGACGGUGCCCCCCCAGUUGAGGAUGGACACAGAUGAGGGGGUGUCCUGAACCCCCCCCGGGCUACAGCUGCUGCUGCUGUCACUGUUAUGU